GGCGCCAUGAGGUCACCCGUGCUCUGGGCACUGCUGCUCUUCCCGGCGGGACUCCUCGCCCAGGGCUGCCCGGCCAGCUGCCAGUGCAGCCAGCCCUGGACGGUCUUCUGCAUCUCCCGGAGGAGCCACACGGUCCCUCGGGGUCUGCCGCAGGAGACGGUCAACUUGUACGUCUUCGAGAACGGCAUCCGCUCCCUGAGCGAAGACUGCUUUGCUGGCCUGCCGGCCCUGCAGCUCUUGGACCUCUCCCAGAACCAGAUCUCCAGCCUGCCCCGGAACGUCUUCCAGCCGCUGGCCGGCCUCUCCAACCUUGACCUCUCCUCCAACCAGCUGCACGAGGUCACCAACGAGAGCUUCCACGGGCUGCGCUUCCUGGAGCGCCUCUACCUGCACCGCAACAGGAUCCAGCGGAUCCACCCGCAGGCCUUCGACUCCCUGGAGAGCCUGCUGGAGCUGAAGCUCCAGGACAACCAGCUGCAGGCCGUGCCGCCGCUCCGCCUGCCCACCCUCCUCCUCCUUGAUGUCAGCCGCAACAGGAUCGCCACCCUCGAGCAGGGCACGUUCCACCUCGGCAAGCUCGAGUCUCUGAAGAUCGCCGGGCUCAGCCUGGACCACGUCGAUGAGGCGUUGCUGCAGCAACUCCACAACCUGCACGAGCUGGACAUUUCCGACAACCGGCUGAGUGGCGUGCCGGCAGCCCUGAAGCAGCUUCGCGGCCUGACCAAGCUCAGCCUGGCUGGGAACACCCGCCUCUCCCAGCUGCAGCCGGAGGACUUCCAGGCGCUGCGCAGCCUCCAAGAGCUGGACAUCAGCAACCUCAAUCUCAACCGUCUCCCCGAGGAUUUCUUCAGCGCCUUCCCCAGGCUCAAAGCUGUCGCUGCAGCAGAGAACCCUUUCAACUGCGUGUGCCAGAUGAGCUGGUUUGUCAGCUGGCUGAGCAGCAGCCAAGCUUCGCUCCAGCGCUCGGAGGAGACCCGCUGCCACUUCCCCCCCAAGAACGCCGGCCGGCUGCUCCAGCGCCUGGAGUACGCGGAUUUGGGGUGCCCUACCACCCCCACCAUCUCCACCUCGAAAGCCACCAGCACUCGGCUUGCCACGCCUGCUCCUAGCAGUGCGCACAUCCCCCCGGAGACCAGCACGGCCAGCCCCACGCUCAGGCCGGACAGCUCCACUCUGGCACCGGUCACCACUCAAGAGGGCCGAGCCAGUCCGGAGGCACGCCUCUGCCCUCCCUACGCCUGCCUCAAUGGCGGCACCUGCCAGUUAGAUGGCCACAAUCGCCUGGAAUGCAUCUGCCCCGUUGGCUUCUCGGGCCUCUACUGCGAGACCACAGCCCCGGCGGUAGCGACGUCGCCAGCAGCUGCGCCGGCACCAACGCAGCCCAAGCAGAUUGCCAUCAAGCACAUUGGAGGCACCUCCCUGAAAGUGGAUCUGCAGAACUACAUCGAGUCCAAGAGCCGGCUGAAAGGGAUCCGGCUCACCUACAGCAACCUCUCUGGGCCGGACAAGCGGCCGGUCACCCUCAACCUGCCAGCCACACUGGCGGAAUACACCGUGCGGGAGCUGCGGCCCAACUCCUCCUACCACAUCUGCGUCGGGCCGCUCGGGGACAAAGCUCACGAGGAGGACUUCUGCGUGGAGGCCCACACCCUGCAGCUGACCCGCCAGCAGCACGCCCCCGUCACCCAGAACAGGCCUGCCGAUCUGACGCUCGUGGUGGUGCCAGCCGUCAUGGCCGCACUGCUUGUGGCGGCAGCCGUAGCCGCCACCUUCUACUACAUCCGGAGGCGGAGGCGGCAGGGGAAAGCAAGGGCCGCGUUUGGAACCGGCUCCAGUCCACUGGAGCUGGAGGGGGUGAAGGCCUGCCUUGAGAACGGAGACCUGGUCGGACCGGGCCUGAAACUGCCAGGGAAAACAGCCGCGCCAAACGGCUUGGAGUAUGAAGUACCCCUCAUGGAGCCGCAAUGCACAGGCGCCUCCACGCCCCGGGCCCCGAGGCCUUCGUACUUCUAG